AUGCUGCUGAACCCCAGAUUUUACGCUCGAUGGCUGGUCCACGCUCUGGGGCCACGUAUCGCCAACCGUCGCUUUGCCUUCGCGUUUACCGUUUUAGCAGUUCUAGGUGCCAAAGCCGUCCACAUCAUCGCCCGCCACGAUGCCUUGUCGACAAACCAGAUCGGGUUGUGGAUGUACUCAUUCCUCGCCCAAGACUUCGCUGUCCUCAUCCUCAUUCGGCUUCUGCUCGACGACUCUAUUGCCACUGUCUCUUCCACCGCACUUCGAACCGCCCUAAGCUACCUCGGCAAUGCCCUUCUUGUCUAUAAUCUAGUUCUUGGCUUCGUUGCGACGACCUUCUUCGCCGUUACCGGGUCCGAAAUUCACUGGCACCAUGCGGCCCUCGCAACCGUUUCCUCGUCACGAGCUUUCAUCCCCACCGGCAUCUUUAUAUUUUGUGGAAUCACGGUGGUUAUGAUCGCACUGAGCUGGAUGCUCCAGGAUUUCUUGUAUGGCAUGUUUGGCUUCUAUGCAAAUGUGGUCAGCGCCUGCUGCUCCUUCGUAUCUCGCCGGUUCGGUCGCUGUGUCCCUUGCUGCCGCCCGAUGCCGUACACGAAGCUUCCUGGCCAAGAUAUCGAACAUAACCAUAGACCGAGCGAAGACUCCACAGACUCCAACUCCGGCACCGAAGACCUCAUCAAUAGUGGCAGCAGCAGCGAGAUCCUGACCCAACCACCCAUCGUAUUCCGACUCCUGUCCCGCGGGCUCGCCAGCGUCAAGAUUUCUGUCUCAAGCGCUUCGCUUUACUCGGCUUUUAAUUUCAUCAUGCAUUUCCUCGCUACGGCCUCUCUUCUUGUUUUUAUUGGCUUCAGACUCGCCCGGCCCGACGAUGGAUCCCUAACCUUCAUUGCUUGGACCACAGGGUUACUACCUUUUGUUAGCUACAAAUCAUUAUCACCCUCGAUUGAAAACCUUCGGCCAAUAUAUGGAGUGGGCAUCCAGCACGAAUGGGACCGUGUGACUGCCCUUACUGAGCCGAUUCCUAUGCCAUGGCUUCCCAAGAAGGAGACGGAGGGUUUUGAGGAUUGGUACAGGAACGUAGUACACUAUAACGCUUCCGCAGAUCCGAUGAAGAUUGACAACUUGGACGAGCCCUUGCUCCCUGAACUAAAGAGCAAGCUUAAGGAUCUCGACAUCCGGCACGUCGUCCUCUUUUUCAUGGAGAGUGUGAGAAAUGAUGUCUUCCCGAUUAAAAAAGACGGUCUAGUUUGGAACCGUCUGGCGGAAACCUGGCCUGAAAAUAAGCUUCCGCAAAAGGUCCAGGAUAGACUUGCGAGACUCACUCCAACGGCCAACUUCAUCACCGGGGACUACGACGAUGGCUUCGAUCACAAGGAACCCCACAGGAAACGAGGAGGUGCCCAUUUCACCAACUACUACACUGCUGGAACCUACACCCUCAAGAGCUUACCUGCCACGAUCUGUGGCAUGGGACCCUUGAUUGGCGACUUUAAUCUUGAUUGGAAACACCACAUGUAUCAGCCUUGUCUUCCACAUAUCUUGCAGGCCCUAAAUAACAUGACCACGACCCGCACACAAUCAGGUCCUUACGCAAAGUCCAAAUGGCAGUCAUAUUUUUACCAGACGGCUACACUCCAGUUUAAUCAGUUUGAUAAGCUGAUGAGGAAAAUCGGUUUCCUUGAAGAGAAUACUAUUGAUGUUGAAUACCUCCGUUCCAGCAAAGCCAAGCAUGGCCCCGUUACUAUCCCCUAUACCAACUACUUUGGCUUCGAGGAGGAGCCACUUAUUGACUAUAUCCAUGAUGCUUUUGCAUCCGCCAAGGAGAAGGAUGAGCGAGUCUUCCUCACCCAUAUCACCAGUACCACACACCACCCUUUCGUUUUGCCAUUAAAUGCGAAGGACAAGUAUCUCCCUCUAUCAAACGGACUGGAUGAACUGUCGCAUUAUAUCAACACGCAGGGAUAUAGCGAUCAGUGGAUACAAAAGUUCUUCAAUAUCCUUGACAAGCAGGGUGUGUCUAACCAGACGCUGGUCAUUUUUGUAGGGGAUCACGGCACCUCGCUCGCCGAGAAUGACAUCGCGUCGUCCUAUUAUAAUCCUAAUAUUGGAAACGAUCAUGUUCCACUUGUCAUCUCUCAUCCCCAGCUGCCCGCUUUCAACGUCGACAGCGCCGUUUCGGGGAUCCAGGUUCUCCCCACAAUCCUCGAUCUCCUGCUCGAGACGGGCUCUCUGAACGAGGCAAGCCGCGAAGCCAUCAGGGGUCUUGUCCGCAACUACGAAGGACAAUCCCUCAUCCGACCUCAGAAAGUGGUCAACAAGGAGACCGGACAAGGAAACUGGCAGUUCACCACGGUCAACCCCGGUCGAGCGCAGCUCGUGGCGCGAGAUGCACGACAUCCCGAGCGGCGCCUCAUCAUCCCCGUUCUCAACAGUGUCAAGUGGAGGCUCAGCAACGUUAUCGAGGAUCCUCGCGAGGAGAACUCAGUCCAGGCAUCCGGUUUUGCAGCGUUUUUGAAGGGAGUGGAGAAGAAGCAUGGCAUCGAGGUGGCCAAGUGGGCUGAAGAGGGCGCGUUCGUUGCCAGGUACUUUGCUGCGGAGAAUGCGAAGAGGUGGCACUACGGGCCCUACGCUACAUAG